GACUUUACUAUUCUCAAGACAUUAGGAACGGGCUCUUUUGGGCGUGUACAUCUAGUUCAAUCGAAAUUUAACGAGAGAUUCUAUGCUCUCAAGGUUCUCAAAAAAUCCGAAAUUGUUCGUCUAAAACAAGUCGAACACACACGCAACGAACGAGCUGUUCUGUUAGAAAUUUCACAUCCAUUUAUUGUCAAUCUUUGGGGGACAUUCCAGGAUUCGACUUACCUUUAUAUGGUGAUGGACUAUGUCCCGGGCGGUGAAUUGUUUUCAUACUUGCGAAAACAAAAGACAUUCCCAGAUGAAGUAGCCAAGUUUUAUAGUGCAGAGGUUCUCCUUGCUCUUGUUUAUUUACAUUCAAAAAAUAUUGUGUACAGAGACUUGAAGCCAGAAAACAUCUUGUUGGAUGCAGAAGGAAAUAUCAAGAUCACUGAUUUUGGAUUUGCGAAAAUAUUAAAAGAUGACAGGACGUGGACAUUGUGCGGCACACCAGACUAUAUUGCUCCCGAGGUUAUACAGUCCAAAGGAUAUGGAAAAUCAGUAGACUACUGGUCACUUGGUGUGCUUAUCUAUGAGAUGUUGGCUGGACAACCGCCGUUCUAUGAUGAGAGUCAAUUUAGAUUAUAUGAAAAGAUUCUCACAAAAGAGCCCACAUUCCCGUCCACUUUUACUGAAGAAGCCAAAGACCUCCUCAAGCAUCUUCUUACAACUAAUCUUACUAAAAGAUAUGGAAAUCUAAAGGGAGGAUACCGUGAUGUGAUGGACCACCCAUGGUUUGCUUCAAUUGAUUUCGAGAAAUUGGGCCAGCGUAAAGUGAAGCCUCCAUUUGUACCGACCGUCAAAAGCAACGGAGACAGUAGUAAUUUCGAUCACUACGAUGAAAACCAUCCACGGUAUGGGUUGGAUGGAAAGGACCAGUACCCUGGGCUAUUUAAAGAGUUUUAG